CAUCAGCAUCAGCAUCAUAUUCUUCUGCUUCAGCUUGGCUUUGAGCUAUCAUUCAAGGAAAACUCUGCCAACCUCAGGCUAUCCGACAUCAUCGACGCAUACUGGAUCUAUCUGCAACCCAUCCUACCGAUCGCUUCCCAAGAUAUCAUCCAAAUAUACUUGAUCUAUCUACCGCGACUGCCAUGUCUCAAUCCACACCCCAUCCCCCCGAGGACCCCCAUCCGGGCAUCCUGCGGACCGAAACCCGCGCGAGCCUGCAAAACCAGGGCAUCACGCAGACCCCCCCCCCUCUGGACUACAACUAUCCCGACGUGGGCCGUCAAGACAACCCCAUCUUCCCCGAAGAGUACACCGUCGAGACCAGCACGGGUCUCGUCCCCGAGCAAACCCUCGAACGGAUCCGCACCCGCCAGUCCCACCCCGACAACUCCUCCUCGGAAGAAGAAGAAGACCGCGAGAAAUCCCGCGACACGGUCGAGUUCGUGACCUUCACCCUCCACGACCCCGAGAACCCCUUCAACUGGUCGCGCACCUACCGGUGGUACGUGACGAUGAUUGCCUCGCUCCUGGUGGUGUGCAUCGCGUACGGCUCGUCCAUCGUCACCGGCGGCCUGGGGCUGAUCGAGGACAAAUACCACGUCUCGCUGGAGGUGGCCAUCCUGACCUGCUCCAUCAUGGUAUGCGGCUUCGCCGUGGGCCCGCUGCUGUGGUCGCCUCUCUCCGAGAUCAUCGGCCGGCGGCCCGUCUACAUCAUCUCGCUGACGCUCUACCUCCUGUUCAACAUCCCGUGCGCGCUCGCCCCCAACAUCGGCGGCCUGCUGGUCUCGCGCUUCCUGUGCGGCGUGUUCUCCAGCUCGGGCCUCUCGCUGGCAGGCGGCACCAUCGCCGACAUCUGGCCGCUGGAAGACCGUGGCAUGGCCAUCGCCUUCUUCGCGGCGGCGCCCUACUGCGGGCCCGUCAUCGGGCCCAUCGUGUGCGGCUGGAUCAGCGUCGGCACGCACCGUCUGGACCUGUUCUUCUGGACCAACCUGGCCUUCGUCGGCGCCGUCCUCCUGCUGGUCGGCUCCAUCCCCGAGACCUACGCGCCCGUGAUCCUCAAACGCCGCGCCGCCUCGCUCCGCAAGUCCACCAACAACCCGCUCAUCAUCACCGAGCAGGAGAAAACCAAGCCCUCGUUCCGCGACAUCCUCCGCACCAGCCUGAUCCGCCCCAUCACCAUGAUCCUCACCGAGCCCGUCCUCGACCUGAUGUGCAUGUACAUCGUGCUGAUCUACGCCAUGCUCUACGCCUUCUUCUUCGCCUACCCCGUCAUCUUCGGCCAGCUGUACGGCUACAACGACGGCCAGAUCGGCCUGAUGUUCAUCCCCAUCCUCAUCGGCGCCGCCUUCUCCCUCAUCGCCACCCCCUACAUCGAGAAACACUUCCGCCGCAUCUGUCUCUCCCGUGCCCCCACCCCCGAAGACCGUCUCAUCGGCGCCUUGAUCGGUGCCCCCUUCGUCCCCAUCUCGCUCUUCAUCCUCGGCGCCACCUCCUACAAGCAUAUCAUCUGGGUCGGCCCCGCCUCGUCCGGCAUCGCCUUCGGCUUCGGCAUGGUCCUGUGCUACUACGCCGUCAAUAACUAUAUCAUCGAUAGUUAUCAGAAGUAUGCGGCGUCCGCGCUGGCCGCCAAGGUUUUCUUGAGAUCGGGCGGUGGUGCGGCCUUUCCGCUGUUUAUUACCCAGAUGUAUGAUCGCCUGGGGCUCCAGUGGGCGUCUUGGUUGUUGGCUUUCUUGGGCGUCGGGAUGGUGUUUAUCCCGUAUGGGUUUUAUGUGUUUGGGGGGAGGGUGAGGGAGAGGUUUAACGGGGGAAAAUAGAGAAUGGGGGGAUGUGAGGAAAGGAGAAGGGCGAAGGGAGAUGAUGGAUGAUCUAAAAGAGGAAAUGAAAUUACGGACGAUGGAUAGAAGAAGAGAGGGUAAUGGUUUACGUCCAGAUUGAUUAAUAGUAGUGAUAGACUCCUACCUUAGUACAUAGAUAUUUAAUUAGAUUUCGAUAUUUUAACACGC